AGAAGAGCAGGGAGACAGGAGAGAAACAGAGAGAGAGAGAGAGAGACAGAGAGAGAGAGAGAGGGGGCUGAUCCAACACAUCCAGCUUGAGCAUCCCAACAGAGACUGAGCAGCACUGAGAGAUACUCUCCACCUUCUUCCAAGCUCCUGCCAAGCUGGUGCAAUGAUGAAAAGCACACUGCUGUUUACCUUUCUCUUGGCUUUACUAACUAGCGCCAGCUGUGCCGUGAUCACUGGGGCCUGCGAGAGGGACGUGCAGUGUGGACUGGGCUCAUGCUGUGCUGUCAGUCUGUGGCUCCGGGGUCUACGCAUGUGCACCCCAAGGGGGAGAGAGGGGGACGAGUGCCACCCCUACAGCCACAAGGUGCCCUUCUAUGGGAAGAGACAGCACCACACCUGCCCGUGUCUGCCGCAUCUCAUCUGCACCUGGGUUAUGGACGGCAAAUACCGGUGUUCUGAGAAUUAUAAAAACAUAGACUUUUAAAUAACGAGAGAGAGCUAGAGAGAGAGAGAGAGAGAGAGAGAGAGAGAGAGAGAGAGAGAGAGAGAGAGAGAGAGAGAGAGAGAGAUGAAACAUGAAACAUUCUUAUUUCAGUAUUGCUGUAACAAGGAAGAAAUGCACUAGCCUAGAUGAAGGGAUCUGGAGCUACAGCUAUGGCCUGAUUUCGAAAUGUCACAUUUUUUAAUUUGUCAUUUUUUCGUUAAGUAUAAUGGAAACUGCAAAGCGGUAUGUGAUUCAAUGUGUUAAUGUCACAUUAUUCAGCACGUGUCAUUCGACUUUGUGAAGCAAAAUGAGUUAAUUCUAUGGGGUGCAACCUGAUUAGAUCCACUGAACACGGAGUUCAAUUCAAUUGAUCAAUGUAUUCAGUUGAAUUGAUCCCGAAGUCUGGAAGGUUACUCAUGUGAGCUGAGAAAAAAAACAACUGUGUAUAAAACAGAGGAGUCGGACUGGUUAAAGUGUAUGCGUUCAGAAAAUAUAUUUAAAAAAUACCUGAAAGAAAGGGAAUUGUAAUAACGUUUGAAAAAGUUUUGAAAACUAUUCAGAACUAUUAAACAAAUGGCAUUUAUUUAUUCAUUCAUUUAUUUACGUUUCUUGUUUGAACUUGUUUAAAAACUCCUUUGUUGCUGUUUUUUGUGUCCUUUUAAAAAAAAAAACUGUACAAACAUUUGCAAAUAAAUGUAAAAUUGAACAAACUGUCAUAAACGGAGCUGUAUUUCGGUUAGCGUCCGUUCAUUGCCCUGUUUCGCUACACGUGUGUUUUACAGACUGAAUCAGACAGCGACACUCGAUGCUGAUCGCUCUUCAAUGAAAGGAUUUUCAGAGAGAAGACUGAAGCGGAAC